AUGCCUCAAUUCCUCUGGAUCAAACAGAAUCCAAAAUUUUUUGUAUUGUCGCCAGUGCCCUACACACUUAGAUGGGAAACCUUAGCGGGGAAGGUGCUGUGUGAAGAGGCGUUCGCCUCUCCCCCUGCACCAUCGGAGUCUGGUUCAAACUGGUCGUCUGAGACGUCCAAUAUGGACUCAUCGCUCUCCUCCUCAAUGUCGCUGAGUUCAGACUCAGACAAAUCAAACUGGGCUUUCGACUGCUUCUAUUGUCAAGCCGAUUUUGCCCAACUAGUGGCUCUUUUGCGCAAUGGUAUUUGUGUGCCAUCCGUGACAGCAGGAAAGCUGUCUGUCAAAUCUGUUUUUGGAGGAGUGUUUAGACUUGGCCGUAGCUUUAUGGCCUUGUGGGACAGGUGCCUGCAUAGGUGCAGUCGAAAUGACCGUCUGCUGAGCAGAUUGUUGUGCUUGCAAAUGGGCCUGAGAGAUGGUUUGCGACAAAGAGGUAGACAUCAUGCCCAUAGCAGAAAUCAGAGCCUGCGUCGUAGAUCUGGACAAUAA